AUGCCCAUGACACCACGAAGCAGCCCUCCGCCGACCCCAAACCUCCCAUUCUUCACUCGCCCACGCACUCCAGAACCCCGGGGCCGCGACGAUGACAGAGGAGAGGGCCCCAGCAUCCGCCCCGUCUCUGCCAUCGUCCUGGGCGGCUCGAGUUCGUCCUCGGGAAAUGGCGCUCCCUCGACCUCCUCCUUGUCCCUAUCCGAUAGAGGUCGCGUCGCGAGUGCCAACGCCGCCGUUGGGGGCUCAAGCAUCAUCCUCGAUCCUCCACCAUCCGCACAUCGCUCGCGUAGCGCAAGUGCUGGAUACUCGGCAGCGACACCAAAGGAUACAGACAGCGACGAACUGCUUAGCGACCCCGAAUCGCGCCUUUCCUUUGGUUUCUCCGAAGGCGAAGACGACUAUGAGCUCGACGACGACCUCGAUGCCUCGCCCUCGGAGCCGCUGGUGCCCUCGUCGUCGCGUCGUCGCAGGCGUACCAAGUGGGACGAUGACCCAGGCGAGCGUAGCCUGUUUGAGCUUGUCGCACCUCUGAUCCUCGCGCACCCUCUUGCCCUCUACCCCGCUCUGUCGGCUGUCCCUGCUGCAUUCCUCCCGGCUGGCGUCGCCCUCUUCGUGCCUCUCUUGUGCAUCAUUGCUGCCCUCUCAGCCUGCGCACACGUCGUGAUCGUCUAUCUCGCAUGGUACCUCAAGGUUCGCACAUUCGAGGACGUGUUCGCCUCAUGCGCUGGCGAGCGGUUUGGAAAGUACGCGGCUGUCGUCGGUCGCGCAUUUGUCCUCUUCGCAACUAUUGGGUCCACUGUCGGCUGGCUCGGAACCCUCUUUCCUCUUCUCGAGCCGCUGGCCACCACCUACUUGCCCGAUGGCUUCCUCCAAUGGCGUCUCACAUGGACCGUUGCAGCUAGUCUCGUGAUCCUACCUGCAGUUGUGCCAAGCAGGACCUUCCGGUCUCUGCGCGGUACACCAAUCGUGCUGGCGCUGCUUCUCCCUAUCAUGACGUUUAUCGUUAUCGGCCGUACAGUCGAGGUCAAGAAGGCAGCGGAUGAGGCCGGUGCCGAUCUCGUGUCAGCGGCCAAGACGGCAGCUACUGCAGCAGUCGAUGCUGCGGUGGCUGCGGUUUCACAGGCUGCUCCCCCCGCCGAGGAAGGUGCCAAGGACCUCGCUCGCCGUGGCCUGCGCGGCCUUGUAUCGCCCAACGCAGGAUGGGGCAUCACCAUGAUGACCAUGUUCUUCUCGCCGCACCUCCAAACACUUCCCAUCCAUGGCACUCUGCGGAGCACCAACCGUCAAAAGUUUGGUGCGCCCGUCCUCGCAGCGGGGCUCAUCCUCGUCCUACUGUCUAUUCCGCUCGCGCUGGUACCCUACUACCUUCUCCCCGAGGGUUCCACUGUCUUCACUCAACUGCCAGACGACGACGGAUGGGUCAAUUUCGCGCGUGUGCUCAUGGCGGCAAUCAUUCUGGGCAGCAUUACCAUGUGGAUCCUGCGCGGCCGCGACACGAUCUUGGCGGCACUGGACGUCGAACGCGGUGCGGAGCGGUACAAGGCUGGCCGGUGGGUCGGCCUCGGCAUGUGGGCCGUCGUUACGGCCUUGGCGUGUAUCGGCGGGGUUAUCGCGGACAAGAUUGAGCUCCUCGGCGUCAUGGCGACUAUAGCAGUCAGCUGGCUCAUGCCAUCGCUGUUCUUCAUCAUCACUUUCCACGUUCGGUCACCCUUGGCCAUCAUCUUUCCCUCCAACGCGCCUGCUCCUGCUGCGCCUGAGGACGAUCCCACUCCAGCGGCGCGCACACUCCGCGGCGGCAGCGGUAACGGCCACAUUCGUACCGCCUCACUCCAGGACCCCAGUACCGACGACCUGCUGUACCGCAAGGAACGCCAGCUGCAGAAGCGUCGUCUCGGCAGGCGGCUGUGGCAAGACCUCAUCGUCUUUGUCGGUUUAUGGUAG